AUGUCCGCCACUUCGACCGCUGGUCUUUUCGCCGUCUGCGGCUCGUUCAUCGGACUCUCGACUAUUUCAGUAGGACUGAGGCUCUACGGUCGCAGUCGUCAGAGCUCUUUCCUGGGAGUCGAUGACUGGAGUGCAUUGUUUGGUGUUGUCACGUACACUGCCGCUGCGGCGCUGGCAAUCGAGCUGGCCGUCCUGAAGACCGUCGGGUACGACACAGAUCACUCCCUCACUCCGGAGCAAGUCGCUGCGAGAGCGAAACCCUCAGUACAGAUCUCCCUCGCCUACGACUUCAUGAUCAUGAACACCCUCGCUUGCGCCAAAGUCUCCGCCCUCUUCCUCUACCGCCGUCUCUUCGGUCUCCACGGAAUCAGCCUCUUCAACAUCCUCAUCUUCGCCACAGUGGGCAUCAUAGCGGCGUGGUAUGUCGCGUUUGAUAUUCUGUCCUUGCUGCAAUGUCGCUCGCACUUCUCAGCCUUUUGCGAUGGCGACUUUACGAAAUACUGUGAUCUGACCCCGGUCUGGGCGAAGGGGUUGGCUUGGUCGGAUUUCUUGCUUGAUCUUUGGGUUUUGUUGAUGCCCAUUCCGAGUAUCCUGGCUCUUCACACAACGAUCGCGAAGAAGCUUUCGAUCGUUGGGGUGUUUCUCCUGGCUUGCGUUGGACUCGGAGCUUCAAUCGCACGCAUUGUGAUUUUCACCACUGCCAAAGGACCUGGUCGACAAACUCUGUACGUUGGCGUUCUGGAGACCGGGAUGAGUAUCACGGUGGUGAACUUGCCUCUACUUUGGUUCAUCUUUACGUCGAACUCUGCGAAGACAGUAUUGGAGGGACUGCAUCGGGGGCUGAGGUUGAAAGAUGAUGGGAGCAGGCGUUCGAGUGGAUCUGAUGUUGACCACGAGAGCGUGAAUCAUACUGUGGAAGAGGUUGUUCAGAAGCCUAGCAUUGAAGGCUCUAUUCCCUAG